AGCCCAAAACGCUCCGUGACUCCCUCUCCUUCGUUCACUCGCUCCAGCUCAGUGGUAGCGAAACUUCCUUCCACCGCCGGAUUCCCGGAUGGACGCCCGCCGGCGGCCGCCGAAGCCACCGCUCCCCUCCGCCGCGCGCGGCGGCCCGAGCCACCGCGGCGACGAGGGAGGCUCCGCCUCGUCGUCCCGCCCCCUCGAGCCGCCGAGAGCAUCGGACGCUCUCCCGCUCCCUCUGUACCUGACCAACGCGGUGUUCUUCACCCUCUUCUUCUCCGUCGCCUACUACCUCCUCCACCGGUGGCGCGACAAGAUCCACGACUCCGUCCCCCUCCACGUCGUCACCCUCCCGGAGAUCGCCGCCAUCGUCUCCCUCGUCGCCUCCUUCAUCUACCUCCUCGGCUUCUUCGGCAUCGACUUCGUCCAGUCCUUCAUCGCCCGCGCCUCCCACGACGCGUGGGAGGACCUCGACGACGACGUCAGCCGCGGCUUCGUCUGUACGGACAUUGCGGCUCCGCUUCCGAAAUCGGUCGAUCCGGAGCCGGCGAUUUCGGCUUUGUCCUGUGCCGAAGACGAGGAGAUCGUCAAAUCCGUCGUGGACGGUACGAUUCCUUCGUAUUCGCUAGAAUCUAAGCUCAGCGACUGCAGAAGAGCGGCUUUCGUUCGGCGUGAGGCUUUGCAGAGAACGACUGGGAGGUCGCUCACUGAUCUGCCCCUAGAAGGAUUCGAUUACGAGUCGAUUUUGGGGCAAUGCUGUGAACUGCCGGUCGGAUACGUGCAGAUUCCGGUCGGAGUUGCAGGACCAUUGUUGCUCGAUGGAUUCAAGUAUCAUGUGCCCAUGGCUACCACCGAAGGUUGCUUGGUGGCGAGUACGAACAGAGGCUGCAAGGCGAUUUACGCGUCUGGCGGAGCGAGGAGCGUGCUGUUAAGAGACGGCAUGACGAGAGCGCCCGUUGUGAGGUUCGGUGAUGUGAAGAGAGCCUCGGAAUUGAAGUUCUUCUUGGAGGAUCCGGUCAAUUUUGAUACCUUGGAACUUGUGUUUAACAGAUCGAGUAGGUUUGCGAGGCUUCAGAGUAUAAAGUGCUCUAUUGCCGGGAAGAAUCUAUAUAUGAGGUUCAGUUGCAGCACUGGUGAUGCGAUGGGGAUGAACAUGGUCUCCAAAGGGGUUCAGAAUGUCCUGGACUUCCUUCAAAAUGAUUUCCCAGAUAUGGACGUUAUUGGCAUCUCUGGAAACUUCUGUUCUGACAAGAAACCGGCUGCUGUGAACUGGAUUGAAGGCCGGGGAAAAUCAGUAGUUUGUGAAGCUCUAAUAAAGGAAGAUGUGGUGAAGCAGGUGCUGAAAACCAAUGUAGCUGCCCUUGUAGAACUCAACAUGCUUAAGAAUCUCACUGGAUCCGCAGUUGCUGGUGCUCUUGGUGGUUUUAAUGCCCAUGCAAGCAACAUAGUCUCUGCAAUAUUUAUAGCAACUGGACAGGAUCCAGCUCAGAAUGUCGAGAGUUCUCAUUGCAUCACCAUGAUGGAAGCUGUUAACGAGGGAAGGGAUCUUCAUGUAUCUGUCACCAUGCCUUCCAUAGAGGUUGGCACUGUUGGAGGUGGUACUCAGCUUGCAUCUCAGUCUGCUUGCCUGAACAUGCUCGGCGUCAGGGGUGCAAACAAAGAGUUCCCUGGAGCUAAUGCGAGGCUCCUGGCGACCAUCAUAGCCGGUUCAGUUCUUGUGGGGGAGCUUUCUCUGCUGUCCGCCAUCGCAGCUGGGCAGCUCGUCAAGAGCCACAUGAAGUACAACAGAUCGAGCAGGGAUGUCACCAAAGUUUGUUGAUAUAGACAAAAGAUCUUUAAUGGCCCCAAAUCAAAAUAGGGAAUGAGAUGAAAGAAAGUCACGGAGCUGCGCCCAUGUGAGAUGAUUCCAGGUCAUAGAUGCGACUUGACAUGGCGGGUUCAAUUAUACCAACCUCUCUCCUGCCCCGCUGUGUCCUUGGGUCGUUACUGCAUUUUCUUGUGACCUUGUUCUCUCUGUGACCACCAAGGUUUGUUUGAUCUCAUUAUUCCCUGAUUGCCAUUUGUCGACGUCGUUGUUGUUAGUUUGUCUGGGUUUGUGUUGUAUAUAAACUGGGGACCAAAGGCAUCCUCUAGACCGUGGAUCUGUUGAUCGUUUGUAACCUGGGACCAGACCGCGUAAUGGUCCUAGCAGCUUUAUAAUUUCCUUCUCGUCAUCGUCUUCUAGAGAUUGAGAUGUCCAGGCCAGUUUAUAUUAUCAACGAUUAUUUCUUAUUUAAUAUUUCAUUUGUUCUCUACUUUA